CCUGGUGAGGAAUCCGGCCCCGUCCCCCUCCCCGUUCGCGGCGCCUUGGGAAAGGGGCUCAAGAGCCAGGGAGAGGGAAAAAAAGGAUCCUCGUGGGGGCUUCGCCUUUCCGGGGCGGGGGCGGGGACCGAUGCUUCGGCCAAGAAACCGGGGCGUCUAGAGCGGUCCCCGCCUGGACCCCCGCCGCCCCCGGCGAGAGGGGCAGAGGGCGAGGGGGCGGCCUCGUCGGGCAGCAUGGUGGGCUCCAACGGCUCCAAUUGCUCCUACGACGACUCCUUCAAGUACACCCUCUACGGCUGCAUGUUCAGCAUGGUGUUCGUCCUCGGCCUCAUCGCCAACUGCGUGGCCGUCUACAUUUUCGUCUGGACGCUGAAGGUGCGCAACGAGACCACCACCUACAUGAUCAACCUGGCCAUCUCCGACCUGCUCUUCGUCUUCACGCUGCCCUUCCGCAUCUUCUACUUCGCCACGCGGAACUGGCCCUUCGGGGACGUCCUGUGCAAGAUCUCCGUCACCCUCUUCCACACCAACAUGUACGGGAGCAUUCUGUUCCUGACCUGCAUCAGCGUCGACCGCUUCCUCGCCAUCCUCUACCCGUUCCGCUCCAAGACCCUGCGGACCAAGCGCAACGCCCGGGCCGUCUGCUUGGCCGUCUGGCUGACGGUCAUCGGCGGGAGCGCCCCCGCCGUCUUCUUCCGCUCCAUCAACUCCCAGGGCAACAACGCCACCGAGGCCUGCUUCGAAAACUUCCCCGAGGCCACCUGGAGGACCUACCUCUCCCGCAUCGUCAUCUUCAUCGAAAUCGUGGGCUUCUUCCUCCCCCUCGUCCUCAACGUCACCUGCUCCACCCUCGUCCUGCGGACCCUGCACAAGCCGGUUACCUUGAGCCGGAGCAAGUUCAACAAGGCCAAGGUCCUGAGGAUGAUUUUCGUCCACCUGGUCAUCUUCUGCUUCUGCUUCGUCCCUUACAACGUCAACCUCAUCUUCUACUCUCUCAUGAGGACCCAGACCUUUCUGAACUGCUCGGUGGUGGCCGCGGUCAGGACUAUGUACCCCAUCACCCUCUGCAUCGCGGUGACCAACUGCUGUUUCGACCCUAUCAUUUACUACUUCACAUCGGAAACUAUCCAAAAUUCAAUCAAACUGAAAAACUGGGCCACUAGGAAGAGCGAUUCCAGGUGCUCUGAAAUGCAAGGAACGGAGAACCUCAUUCAACACAGCAUGCAGACCUUAAAGACUAAAAUACCUGACAACGAAUCUACGAUUUAAACGGCGAGGCGCAGGGAUUCCCCGGACUCCCCUGGAAAAAGAACCUACAAGAGGUCCCUCAACUGUGAAAGUCUUUUCGUGUACAAACCGCUGUUGGUCGCCUCUAAAAGACAGUAAAAGUAUGGACAAUAUUUGAAUGAUCUAAGUUUUUAUACAUAUAUAUAUAUAAGGAAAACCUACAGAAAAUGUUUUCUGAGUAUUAAAAAUAUGAAAAUCCGGCCUUUUUUGAGUCUUGGACUCAUCACUUUCUCUGAACCUUCUCUUACUAUUAAGGAGAAACGCCUCUAAAACCGGUAUUGUCAGCUCACACAACUAUAUAUAUCAAAGGGUUUUGUAAUUCGGCAGGUCUUUGUGGGGAAGGGGAAAAAGAAAAAGCCCGCCGUCAAUUCUCCCCCAGCCGGGUUCUUUUUACAUUAAAAUAUUUUCAGCUGAGAAAUGCUGCAUUGCAUGAAAAAAUGAAGUCAUUUUGGAGGAUCAAUUUCAACUUAACUGUAGGAAUUAGAACCAGUAAAAUAGUCUAAUGUUACUGGAAUUAUAGUCUUCGUUUCCUGGGUUUCAGUUCCCGGAAAACAAUUUGAUGUUUUUACCAAAGGCAGUUGCUAAAUAUAUCUCCAUGUUUUUCUACGUAAAGAGUAUAGACACCCUAAACUGUGGCAAAGCUAUUCUGCUCAGAAGCACCUUGUAAAUUUUGGGAGCUGAAGCUUUGGUAUUGAGCUACGAAAAUUUCUCAUACAGGCUACCCUGCUUGCUCUCGUGUGUAAUAGGAAUUUUGAUCGUUUUUAAUAAUAAAAUGUAAGGGAGUGA